AUGUCAGACAGUGAUCUACCAGUUCAAGUUAAAAAGGAACCAUCUUUUGCAAACGAUGAUGAUUUGACUUUUGAUGAAGAGUUCAGAAGAGCCGGUGAUCAAGAGAAUAAAGAAGUUGAGAAUCCAGAUGAUGGUAGAUCGUUAAAACGUACCCGUGAAGAGCUGGAACAGGAGGAGAACAAUGAGAAAGAGCAAGAUCAAGAAGCUGGACAAGACGAGGAAGAGCAAGAUGAAGACGAGGAAGAAGAAGAAGAUGAUGAGGAGGAAGACGAGGAAGACGAAGUUUCUAGCAGAAGAAAACGGAGAAGAGGGGCUAAUCAAUUCUUUGAUAUAGAAGCAGAAGUCGAUGAUGAAGAAGAAGAUGAGGAAGACGAAGAUGAAGAAGCAGAGUUGAUGAGAGAGGAAUUUAUCACUGAUGACCAUGCUCCAGUAGAAACAGUGGAAAAAAUGCCACAGGAUGAUAGAUUACACAGACAAUACGACAAUCGUCGUCAGCAAGCAGAAGAUCAAGAUGCAGAACAAUUGGCAGAAACUUUAAAGCAAAGAUAUAGAAAAACCCAUUCAGUAUACAGGGGUGAGACCGCGGCCAGUGGUACUGUAUCGCAAAAAUUAUUAAUGCCAUCCAUCAACGAUCCAUCAAUCUAUGCUAUUAGGUGUACGCCAGGUAGAGAGAAGGAAUUAGUUCGUAAAUUAUAUGAGAAAAAGAGAACACUCGAGAGACAAGGAAACCCGUUGGAUAUAUUGACUGUGUUUCAAAGAGAUGCAUUUACCGGAUAUAUAUAUAUCGAAGCAAAAAGACCUGAUGCAAUUGAUAAAGCUCUAGUCGGUAUGGUAAAUGUUUUUGUCAGAGACAAAUUAUUAGUUCCAGUGAAAGAGUAUCCUGAUUUAUUGAAGCAAGUAAAAUCAUCUGAUGUUGAAAUACGUCCUGGUAUUUACGUAAGAAUCAAGAGGGGGAUUUAUAGAGGAGAUUUGGCAAUUGUUGAUAACUUGUCCGAGAAUGGUUUGGAUGUGCGUUGUCAAGUUGUUCCAAGACUUGAUUAUGGUCAGAAUGAUGAAAUUGGGCCCGACGGUAAGGUUAUAAAACUGAAAAUCAAGCCAUUACCAGCAUUAUUUAGUGAACAAAAGGCAAGAAUGUAUGACCCAUAUAAACUCCAGAUGGGAAGAGUUCCAAACAGUUUUAUAUAUCGUGGUAAUGAGUACUACGAUGGAUAUUUGUAUAAAGAUUUUAAAUUACAGUUCAUUCAAACCAAAGAUGUUAAUCCUACUCUUGAAGAGUUGGACAGGUUCCAAAAUCAAAAUGAUGAAGAUGGGUUAAACUUGCAAGCUAUAGCCGCUACAUUAAAGGGAAAUAAUGCGGGCGAGGGUAAAUCAUCGACAGCUUUCCAACCUGGAGACAAAGUUGAAAUUCGUCGUGGUGAACAAGCCAAAACUAUUGGUAUUGUUGUUGAAACUGCUUUGAACGAGAUCACAAUAAAGGUCACAGACAGUGGUGAUCCUAGAUUUGUGGACCAAAGAUUGACAGUUCCUGCCAAUGAUUUAAGGAAAAUUUUCUAUGAAGGUGACCACGUAAGAAUAGUUGAAGGUAAACACUUUGACGAGACUGGGUUAGUCAUAAAAAUUGAUGGUGAUUCUGUCGUUAUUGUCAGUGACCAAACAAAAGAGGAUGUGAGAGUAUUUGCCAAUUAUCUUGUGAAAGCAACUGAUGCUUCCUCCAAUUUCGAUUUGUUGAACAGCAAGUAUGAUAUUAAGGAUUUGGUUGAAUUGAGUGGUUUAACCGUGGGGGUCAUCAUCAAGGCCGAAAAGAACAUAUUUGAUGUGCUUACUACAGAUGGACGUUUAAUCAGUGUCAGACAAUCUGGUAUUGCCUCCAAACUCAAACAAAGUCGCCGUGAACAGGUAGCUACAGAUCGAAAUGGUACGACUAUAAGAGUAGGUGACACUGUCAAAGAGUUGUUAGGUGAAAAAUCCAGAGAAGGUGCUAUUUUGCACAUUUACAAGAAUGCAUUGUUUAUAAAGUCCAAUGAGAUUGUGGAAAACUUAGGUAUAUUUGUUGCUAACCGUAUGAAUGUUACAACUGUUGCUACUAAAGAUUCAACGGUGUCUAAAAGCCUAGGUCCGGAUUUGACAAGUAUGAAUCCAAACUUGAGAUUACCUAAUCCUGUUGCUGUCGCUGGAUUAAAAACUAGAGUUGGCGGCAGAGACAAAUUGUUGUACAAAGAUGUAGCUGUUACUAGUGGUAGUUACAAGGGAUUGAAAGGUAAGGUUACCGAAGCUGACGACUUGUAUGCCAGAAUUGAAUUACACACAAAGAGCAAGAAGAUCAAGGUUCUCAAAAAUAACUUGAAUGUCAUUGUUCAUGGUCAGCCAGUGCCCUAUUUAAGAUUUAUCGGUGCGGCACCAGAAUUCUCACAACCAACUCCACCAACGUAUGGUUCUUCCAGUGGAGGCAGGUCUGCUUGGAACGGAGGUAUGACACCUUCUGUAUCUGCUGGUAAUGGUGGUGUCUCAGCUUGGGGUGGAAGUAGAGGUGGUUUUGGCGGAGACGGUGGUAAAACUCCAGCAUAUGGUGCUGGUGGUGCCUCAACCUGGGGUGGUGCUUCUGCUUGGGGUGGCGGGGCAGGAGGAAGCUCUGCUUGGGGUGGUAUUAAAGGUGCAGGUUCCGUUUGGGAUAGAAGUAAAGGUGGAAGUUCAGCUUCAAGUGGCAACCAAGGUGGCAACACCGCCUGGGAUAGAAAUAAGGGAGGAAACUCCACCUGGGAUAGAAGUAAGGGAGGCAGUUCUUCCUGGGAAAGUGGAAGUACUUGGGAAGGUGGUAACAAUACUACAUGGGGAAGUAAGAAAGGUAAUACCAGUGCAUGGGGUCGUAACUGA